AUGCCGGACCGAGCCACUUUCAAAGGCGAACACUGGAAAAACUACGUGACAGCCAAUAAAGAGUUUGCCAAGUGCACGAUAAGAGCUCUAAGACAAUUACCGCGCAACAACACCGAAUCGCAGUUGAUUUGGGUGCAUGACUACCAUCUGAUGCUGACAUCUAACUGGAUCAGAAAAUAUGCCGAUGACGAAGGUAUGCCUUGCAAGUUGGGCUUCUUCUUGCACAUACCUUUCCCACCGUGGGGGGACAUUUUCCGUCUGUUUCCUUGGUCCCACGAAAUUUACCAUGGCAAAUGCGAAAUGGUCGGCUUCCACGUAACCGACUAUUGUCUUAACUUUGUCGACUGUUGUCAGCGCAAGUUGGGCUGCCGCCUCGACAGGAAGAACCUUUUGGUGGAGCACGGCGACAGAACUGUCAGGGUGCGCCCUUUACCCAUCGGCAUACCUUUGGAAAGAUUCGUUGAGUUGGCCGAGCAAGCUCCGAGGGUGAUUUCGACGAACCAAAAAAUUAUUUUAGGCGUGGAUAGGUUAGAUUAUAUCAAAGGUUUAGUGCACAGGUUGCUGGCGUUUGAGAAACUAAUGGAGAAGGUUUCGCUAUUGCAAAUUGCCGUGCCCUCGAGGACGGAUGUCAAAGAGUACCAGGAAUUGAAAGAGGAAAUGGAUCAGUUGGCGAGUAGGAAUAAUGGAUGGUUUACUACACCCAAUUGGUCACCAAUUAGAUACAUCUAUGGUAGUUUGUCCCAAGACGAGUAA